UUUACUUGUAGCAUUAAUUCGACCGGUUUCAGCUGAGAAGGAAACCGCAAGGUGUUACUUAGCAUUAGUACCAAAUGUUCCUCUUUUAAAAACUCAGCUGUCUUCUAAAUAAGUUACCAUCCGCAAGGUCAAAGAAGAACUCUAGAUGAUAUAUUUAUUUAGUUUCACGUCAAGGUGAUAUCAAGCAACCAAUGCGUUAAUACUUUCGUCUGAAUUUCAGACUUCACGCGCAGUUGAGACUGAGUGAAAGGACGUGUUAGCCUAAUAGUUGUGUAUAUACAAAAGAGGACAUGGAUAUGAGAUCAGACAUCCCUACGGCCCCGACAGGAUCCCAGGUACACCCUGGGGCUGCUGCUGCUGCUGCUGCUUCUAUCCCCGUUUCUAUGGCCAGCAGUCUUCUCCGGGGUCCCCCACUGCUCCUGCGCGCCACGGAGAAAUAUCCCCGCACUCCCAAAUGCGCCCGGUGUAGGAAUCACGGCGUGGUGUCCGCGCUGAAGGGACACAAGCGCUACUGCCGCUGGAAGGACUGCAUGUGCGCCAAGUGCACCCUGAUCGCUGAGAGGCAGCGUGUGAUGGCAGCGCAAGUGGCUCUCCGCAGGCAGCAGGCUCAGGAGGAGAACGAAGCACGAGAACUGCAGCUCCUUUACGGCACAGCGGAGGGUCUUGCGCUGGCGGCUGCGAACGGAAUCAUUCCGCCUCGUCAGAACUAUGAGGUGUUUGGAUCUGUGAGCAACGAAACUAACCCUGGUGAGUACAAUGGGAAUAUUCAAAAAUUCGACUUGUUUCCAAAAGCCCAGAUGCCCAGGUCAGUAACCCCACAGCAGAACUUGGGAAAGUCGGUAUCCACUGAUACCGAAUCGAUGCCUGGGAUUUCAUCCCCAGAGGUGCGUCACGGCUCAGGUUCCGAGAACGGAGACGGAGAGUCAUCGUUCGUAAGCUCUCCCGUUUCCAAAACCCAGAAAGACGGAGAAGAGACCCCGGGCUCGAUCAGUCCCUUGGGGUCCGACUCCGGGUCAGAGACGGACAAGGACGAGCAGGAGCCGUCGCCUUCCUCCGCCGCCUCCAAGCAAAUGAACGCCAUCGACAUUCUGACCCGGGUCUUCCCCAGCCACAAGCGGAGCGUCCUCGAGCUGGUCCUGCAGGGCUGCGGCAAAGACGUAGUGCAGGCCAUCGAGCAGAUCCUCAACAACAGCGCGCAGCCCAAGGCCCCCGAAGAGGCGUGGACGGCGGAGCGGAUGCUGCAGAGCGUGCAGCCUCCCUCGGCCUCCGCCCCGAGGCCCAUUUUACCUGGAGCCAUGACACUGAGCAACAGGUCAGCGUUCUCACCUUUGCAGCCGAACGCGCCGCACUUCGGCGCAGAUCCGAGCGCGUACCCGCUGAGCACCCACCUGGGACUGAACCCUCUGCGUCUCGCUUACUCGGCUCAUAGCAGAGGGCUUGCCUUCAUGACUCCAUACUCUACAGCUGGUCUGAUGCCAACUCUGGGCUUUAGGCCGCCAAUGGACUAUGCCUUUAGUGACCUCAUAAGGGAUAGGACGAUUUUGCACAAGGACUCGGGGUACACCAGUGGACUCUAUGGACCCUUGGUGAAUAAUACCCCUGAUAAGCAGUGAGGGACAAGUGAAAACUCACUCAGUCAGAAGAUGGG